AUGCAACGUGUAAAAUCACCAGCUAGCCUAGUCUCGGGGAAUAAGAUCGCACGUCCGGCGCAUUAUCGCUUUCUCUCUCCACCUAACGGCCUGAUUGCUUCGCCGGCGACCAUCCGGCGGUCGGCUGAAAAAGAAAUGGCUGCUGGAAGUAGCAGCCAACAAAACUUCAGAAAAGCUAUUGGAGCUAUUAAAGACUCUACAUCAGUUGGCCUGGCCAAAGUCAAUAGUGAAUACAAGGAUUUGAAUGUUUCUAUCCUUAAAGCCACAAACCAUGUCGAAGUCUUGCCGAAAGAGAAGCAUGUCCGAAUUAUUCUUGGUGCAGUUUCUGGUUCAAGGCCUCGAGCAGAUGUUUCUUUCUGUAUACAUGCACUCACAAAGCGUCUGGCAAAAACACGUACUUGGGUGGUUGCAUUGAAAACUUUGAUCGUCAUACAUCGUGCAUUGAGGGAAGUUGAUCAUUCAUUUUGUGAGGAAUUAAUUUUCCACAACAAAGGCAGAGGUCAUUUGUUGAACUUACUGCAUUUCAAGGAUGACUCGAGCCCUAGUGCGUGGGAUUAUUCCGCUUGGAUUCGUUCAUAUGCUCUGUAUAUCGAGGAGUGCCUAGAAUGUUUUUGUGUGCUGAAAUACGAUUUUUACAGGGAUCAUUCGAGAACAAAGAAGCUCGACACGCCUGCCUUGUUCGAGCAGCUACCUGCUUUGCAGAACCUUCUCUUUCGGCUUCUUGGUUGCGAGCCACUUGGAGCAGCCCGGCAUAAUUUCAUGAUACAUUUUGCCCUUUCGAUUGUCGCAGCAGAAAGCGUGAGGCUUUAUGUGGCCAUAACAGAUGGAGUACUAAUGUUGGUUGACAAGUUUUUUGAGAUGCAACGGCGAGAUGCUGUCAGAGCACUUGAAAUCUAUCGAAAGUCCGGAGAACAAGCCAACAGGUUGUCUGAGUUCUUUGAGAUGUGCCGGGGCCUCGAGUUUGGGCGAAGACAGAAGUAUGUCAAAAUCGAACAGCCCCCUCCAUCGUUUUUACAAUCCAUGGAAGAGUACAUAAAGGAUGCCCCACAGACGCUAAUGCUACCUUGGACAAGUGAUGAUGAAAUGCCAAAAUUGAUUGCGGCGGCUCCCGAGCAUACAUUGGAGGCUGAUCCAAAUGAAGCCACAGCAGAAGAGCCACCAAAUGAGAGCACAAAAACUGACAAGAGUGAUAAUGAUGUGCCAUUGAUUCCUGAUCUAUUGAGCUGGGAUGAGCCAAGUCAAGUAACAUCUGAACCGGGUGCAGGAAGUACUCUUCCUCUUUCACUUGCUACACCAGAGCUAUCAAGUGAACCAGCUGGCUGGGAGCUUGCACUGGUGACAACACGGGUUUCAACAUCAGCUGCACAAAAUAAGGGAGUUGCACUGGACAGAUCAAUGCUGGACAGCUUAUACGAUGCUGCAAUGGCACAAAACAACACCAACGGACCUUCCCUGCAGAGGGCAGACGUCCCUUCCAACAAUCCAUUCGAAUUUGAUGAUUAUAGCACACAAAUGUUUUACGACCCGACACAACCUAAUCAUUUGCAGUUAGCUGAAAUCCCCCUAAAGCAGCAAGCACCACAGAUCAUAGGCCACGACUACAUGCAAGUGAUCGGAAUUCCACUACAGCAGCAAGAAACGUCGCUCGUUGUCUACGACUCCAAUCAGCAGCAGGAGCCAUUGUUUGUCAACCAAAAUCACGGCCACCAGCAAGGGACUCCCUUCGCAGGCCGAGAUCUUAUGCAAAUGACAGAUACACCCCUGCUGGACUCCCCCAUGCAGCAGCAGGAGAAGGCAAUUGUAGCUUUCGUGUCUACGGGUACCUCCCGGAACCCGUUUGACGAGCCGAGCUCGUUAACCUCCGCACCAAAAUCUGAACUCUCCAAUUUGAGCUUCAUUUAA